GAUUCGCCAUUUCUCUAGUCUCGUCUCUCAGAAAUCGUUGAUUCAUCUUCUACCUUACACUUUAGUUGAGGGAGCUAUUAUGGGGAGAAAGGCUGGAAAUUUGUACAUAAACCCGAAAAAGCUCGGGAAUCUGGCGAAACCGUGCAUGAAGGAAAUGGUGUCGUUCUUGAACUGUAUGGCGCUUAACAAUAUCAAAGAUGAUAAAUGUGAGAAACAGAAGCAACUCCUGAGUGUUUGUAUGCAGGGCCAGUCGGAUCAUAAGAACAAGUCUUGGGGUAACAUUAACUACCAUUUGCAGAGGCUAACCCGUGGAAGAAAGUAAUCUAAGCAUGGAUCUUGUUAUCGAUAGACCGAUAGAUUAUUCCGUGGUUGAUCUCUUCAUUUGUCUCUCUGUUCUUUGACGUAUUUCAUACGUACAAGUUACUGGCAUGUAGAAGAACUUUUGGACACAUUGUUCAUCGAGAGAAAGGAUUUUUGGUCUCUCUGUUUUGCAAUAAAUAUAUCUUCUGGGU